AUGUCUGCCCCCGGUCUGCAGGCGACCGCGCUGAUGACGCAACAUUUGGAGUUCCCGCCCGUUUCAUUGCUAGACGAGAUCAUCAACAUGGUGAACGAUAUCAUGUUCAAGUGCACGGAGGCGAUGGAGAACUACCUGCUGAAGAGCCCCGUGGUCAAUGGUACGGAUUUCUCUGGAGAGAUCAAAGUCGGAGUCGCACGGCUGGAGACUCUGCUGGAACACUCUGUGGACAAGAAUUUCGACCGACUCGAACUGUACACGCUUCGGAACGUGUUCAACAUCCCACAGGAGCUCAUUGAGCACGACGUGUUCCGUCUUGCACACCAGCGUGACCUGCUUGUUGCGGAUGCACCGGCGUGCGCGCGCUCCUGUGAUGAGCUCGGGGAGAAAGUCGUUCAAGUCGAGCGCGAGUUCCAUAGGAACGCACAACUGAGGGAGCGGUUGGAGAAGAUGCGUAUAGUGAGUAGUGACGUGAAGCGGUUUAAAACACGGGUGCUCGCUCUAUGUGAGUUGCAGGGCAACACACAGGGCGAUCUUGCCGCUGUUUACGAGUCCAUUGCCCCCAUUGACGACACAAUGCUUCUGUUACGCACGCAGUUGAAACAACUGUACGAGGACAACGAGAGGAUCUGUUCAAUGGGGAAACUGUCUAGUAUCUUGCACUCUGGCGAGCAAAGAGUGUCUCGAUCGCAGUACAUCUCGCAGGAAGUUCACAAGAUCUUGCAGGACGAGUCGUAA